CAGCGCGGAUUUCCAGUGGCGGUUGUUGAUUCAAUCCGAAGCAAUUGACAAUUGAAAGCACCCACUCGCUCGAUUCUCCCCUGGGAAGACCAUCUCCGACUUGUGAUUCUGGACAGAGAUUUCAGGAGUAUCAAUCAUUAGGGAGAUCAUGUCGGGAUCCUUCACACUUCAGGCUACGGACGCAGGGCUUCCGGAAGACUCCGGGCUAAAGUCCGUCAUGAGUUCGUUUGAGGAGCGCAUUCCUUCCCAAAGCGGAACUCCCAGUGUGGAGUUCGUAAAAUCUGGGACUGCCCCAGAGAAAGACAGAUCUGUGACUCCGACAGCCGGAGCUGACGAAAACAGCUGUCCGAAUGCUGAAGUGAUCGCACAGGGCGCCGCAGAGGUCCGCAAAUCUGCGAGUCCGGCAGACGAGCACGGCGAUUUGACGGAGGUAGAGCACCAAGGCCCAGCGAUCACUGACGGGCGAUCCAUCGGGGACGUCCCGAGUGCAGAUUGCCUUCACGACGUCAGCAUGAUGAGCGUCGACGGACACAUGUCCGUCGAUCUCGGACCUGAGCCGCCCACUCUCGAACUUGCUCCCGAAUCUGGCGGGAGUGACAACCCUCUUAAAAAGGAGGAUUUGUCUUCACGAUGUUCGAAUCCGUCUGAGGACCCAGCGUCCACAUCGCGCUCGAAUUGCGAGAACGAAAACUUCAACUUGACUGCGUCGCUACCGUCACGAGGGUCAAGCGUCCUGACGCCUGUUAACAAGAGCGCCUUGUCGGCACGCAUUUCGUCUAUUUGUGAUGACGAAGACGACUUAUUCCUUACCCCGACACAAGGAACUGCUGGGGACAGCGCGCACAAGCAAGCUAGGUCGUCUUACGAGGCAUCUCCGGUCAAUGAGAAGGCGGAUCUCAACGGAACUUUCGACAAGCCCGAGCCGGAAGUGUCGCUCGUCGAAUCCAAAGCGAACGAGACCUUCGACAAAGAACCCUCAAUCGUAGAGGACGCCAUCCCCCGAAUCCGGGUCUCGAGCAGUGGAUCGCCAGAUCUGGAUCUGAGAUUGGAUUCGACUUGUCAGCCUGAGGAAAGCAAGGCCGCCGCAUCGUGUCUGCUCAACGAACAAAUGUCCACUCCGGUCAGGAGACAGGCUCGAGGGACUUUCACGUACGACGGAAUCGGCGAGAAAGACUGCGAAGAUUUCCCAGAACAAACUCGACUCUCGGGGGAACAGCCUGCUCAAGAGGAGGAUACGAGCCUCCUGAAAGAGAAACGGAAGUCUUCUUCUUUCGCCAAAAGAACCAGCAGUAUUCUAGAACUGAGCUUCGUCUCAUCGCCGAAGAGAGGAAACUUCCAGAUGAAAACACCCUCAGCUGCGGACAGGAGUACUCGUUCCAGCUUGAUCAAUUUCAACGAAUCGAUCGCUUUCGAUUUUUCCGCCGCUGCGAAAUCUGCUGAAGUGAACGGGGGCGUUGCUGAGAUGGGCUCUUUCGUCUUCGCCUCUAGCUCGGGUCUCCCGGUUGCGAAAUCUGAUGAUCCCUUCGACUUGAGUACCCUGGAGAAGACGAACAAGCUCAGCGUGACGAAAGACGAGAAAUUCACCCGCGUCUCAUUCAUCGCCAUGUUCGAUCCAAUCAAAGUCCACGAUGGCCAGCAGGAGCCUUCAGUCGACAAGAUGGAACCUCCUGCGACUGUUCCGGGAAGGAAGUCCUCCAUUUUCUCUUCACACAGGGCAUCGGUGAGCUCACCUCUGAUCAAAGGUCUGCCGACGCCGGUUUUCGUCAAGCCCAAGGCUGCCAAGUCUGUCCUCAAAGCUGUCGGGGUCCAGACCGACGAAAUAUGCGAGCAACCGACGCCAACCCCAGCACCAUCAAUCGAUGACGAUGUCGCGUUCGAGUUGGUCAGGUUGAACCAGACCCUGGAAAGUCAGGCAAAAGCUCUCUCAACUUAUGAGCAAGUUGUCACGAAGCUUUUCGAUGCGCGUCGGAAAACACUUGAGAACCCCGCGGAAGACCCAAAGUCCAAAAUUCGCUUGGACGAAGAGCUCGAGCGUAAUAAACGUCUCGAAGACGCUGUGAGAUCCAUGGAGAAUUCGAUGCACUCUACUCUGAUGCGGAUGCAAGAAUUCAGAAUCGCCAACGAAGAUUUGCGCAAGGUUGUCGAGGAACAGCGGACAGCUCUCGUCGACACCCGCUCCGAGCUGGACGCCUGCCAGAAACAGUGGCAGGAGGAAAUCAAUGAUCGAGACGAGUCUCUCCAGAAGCUCGGAGUCCAUCUCGACGAAACCAAUCGUGCUCAUGAGAAAUCGGUAUCGAUGUUGAAAUUGCAGCUCCAAGCUAAAGAAUCGGAGAUAGAGUCGUUGAAUAUGCAGAAUUCGAUCGCGCGUAAAGAAGUCGAUAGUCUACGGGGCUUGGUGAACUCGAUGAAAUUACAAUAGGUUUCUUUGUAAAUUGUCUCAGCCGAACCACAUGACGCACUCGAUCGAUCUAGCGUCCGAUAUACAAGUGAUGCGUGUGGGCAUCAAGCCUCUUAUGUCAUUGGGAGUCCAUCUAGGAUUGCCGACACGGAAAAGCGGCGUGCCGGAGCCGCUACGGUGAACUGCGACCGGGUGACGGUGUACACACUCCCAGAAAAUGUCUCGCACUCGUACGAUCCCUGACGCGACCGCUGAGUCAAGUUGGUCGCUGUUUCGGACAUCUCCACGUGGUGAGCAGUUGGUUAUGCAUCGUUCAAAAUGAGUAAAUCUCACAUAUUUUAA